CGCUGCCGAGGGUGGGGCUGCCCGCCGCGCCCCGCUCCGUAGACCGCGAUGGGAAAAGCCCGCGAGUGAGAGGCAUUUGGUGAAAGUGUUUUGAGAACAAUCAUAAUUGCCCUGCUCUGGGCGGGGAAACUGAGGCGUGGGGCACGGAAGGAAUCUGCGGGCUUUUGUGGGACCACUCUCGAGCUACCAAAUGCCAGCUUACUUCGUGUGCCCUGGGAGGUUCUGGGGCAGGUGACGGCACUGUGACCUCUCACCAUGGAUGGAGAUGGACUUUUUGAUGAAGAAAUCCGAAAUGUCUUUACCAAUCAGGGUGUUUUGGCUGUCUUGGGUUUUGACAAAACCUGCUUGGUUCCCUUUGGGGGAUCCGAAUGAGCGAUCUCAGACACCUUCACUGCGAAGCCAAGGACAUUUCUGUAUAAUCAGCGCAUGAAAGGAUUUUCUCAGACCCUUUCCUCCCGUUUUCCUCGAGGAUUAAUCCACCAGAAUCCAUAGUUCCGGUGGAGACUGCGAGGCAUAUACAAUGUGGCAGAAACCUUGAGCGCCUUCGGAAUUGCUCUGGACCCUGCCUUAGGCAUAGAGGACUCUAUUGCAUACGCCACUCCCCUCCCCUGCCCCCAACUCCCUCCUUCUGACUACUCUGUCUUUGACUGGCUCUCAUUUUCCCCGUGAAGUUCUGUUUCCAAACUGUUCCCUGGAGCUAUAAGUGGAUUGGCAGUAAUGAGAGAUUAGGCGGUGGGAAAAGCACGGUGCCCUGUGCUGUGUCCUUUUCCUGCUGCCGCCGCCGCCAACAUGAAGUGCUUUUUCCCAGUGUUGAGCUGUCUGGCUGUGCUGGGUGUGGUGUCAGCGCAGCGACAGGUCACCGUCCAGGAAGGGCCCUUGUACCGCACAGAGAGCUCCCACAUCACCAUCUGGUGCAACGUGAGUGGUUACCAGGGUCCCUCUGAGCAGAACUUCCAGUGGUCCAUCUACCUGCCCUCUGCUCCUGAGCGUGAAGUACAGAUCAUUAGCACGGUGGACUCUUCCUUCCCGUACGCCAUCUACACCCAACGAGUCCGCGGUGGGAAGAUCUACGUGGAGAGGAUCCAGGGCAACUCAGCCUUACUUCACAUCACAGACCUGCAAGCCCGGGAUGCCGGCGAGUAUGAAUGUCACACCCCCAACACCGAUGAGCGCUACUUUGGGAGUUACAGUGCCAAGAUGAACCUAGUGGUGAUCCCAGAUUCUCUGCAGACCACGGCUGUCCCCCAGACUCUGCACAAAGUGGAACAGGAUCCCCUGGAGCUCAGCUGCGAAGUGGCCACUGAGACCAUCCAGCACACCCAUCUCUCAGUAUCCUGGCUGCGGCAGAAGGGUGGCGAGAACCCUGUGGAGGUCAUUUCGCUGAGCCGAGACUUCAUCCUGCACUCUAGCAGCGAAUAUGCCCAGAGGCAGAGCCUGGGCGAGGUGCGGCUGGACAAGCUGGGGAGAAGCACCUUCCGCCUCACCAUCUUCCACCUGCAGCCUUCCGACCAGGGCGAGUUCUACUGCGAGGCUGCGGAGUGGAUCCAGGAUCCAGAUGGCUCUUGGUACGCCAUGACCAGGAAGCGCUCCGAGGGUGCAGUGGUCAACGUCCAGCCCACUGACAAAGAGUUCACCGUGCGUCUGGAAACAGAUAAGAGGCUGCACACGGUGGGUGAGCCGGUGGAGUUCAGAUGUAUCCUAGAGGCUCAGAACAUUCCCGACCGGUACUUUGCUGUCUCCUGGGCCUUCAACAGCUCACUCAUUGCCACCAUGGGGCCUAAUGCUGUGCCAGUCCUCAACAGUGAAUUUGCCCACCGCGAAGCCAAGGGACAGCUUAAGGUGGCCAAAGAGAGUGAUGGUGUCUUUGUGCUGAAGAUAUACCACCUCCGCCAGGAAGACAGUGGCAAAUAUAACUGCAGGGUGACUGAGCGGGAGAAGACUGUCACUGGCGAGUUCAUAGACAAGGAGAGCAAGCGGCCCAAGAACAUCCCCAUCGUCGUGCUCCCCCUCACAGAUAACUGGGUAGUUAAAGUCCCCCAGCAGCACCAGAUCCUGCCCCAAGGCCACUUGGAAAGCAGCAUCUCCGUGGAGGUGGCCAGCAAUGCCAGUGUCGUCCUUGAGGGUGAGGACCUGCACUUCUCCUGUACUGUCCGCACAGUGGGCAGGCUGCAGGCCCGCUUCUCGGUCAUCUGGCAGCUCGUGGAUAGGCAGAACCGCCGCAGCAAUGUCAUGUGGCUAGACCGGGACGGCACCUUGCAGCCUGGCUCAGCAUACUGGGAGCGCAGCAGCUAUGGAGGCAUCCAGAUGGAGCAGGUGCAGCCCAACUCCUUCAGCCUGGGCAUCUUCAACAGCAGGAAGGAAGAUGAGGGCCAGUAUGAGUGCCACGUGACGGAGUGGGUUCGGGCCGUAGAUGGAGAGUGGCAGAUUGUGGGAGAGCGCCGCGCCAGUACCCUGGUCUCUAUCACAGCCCUUGAAACCGGCUUUGCGGUCACAGCUAUCUCCCGGACACCAGGGGUCACCUACAGUGACUCCUUUGACUUGCAGUGCAUCAUCAAACCCCACUACCCGGCCAGAGUCCCCGUGUCUGUGACAUGGAGGUUCCAGCCAGUGGGCACAGUGGAGUUCCAUGACCUGGUGACCUUCACGCGAGAUGGAGGGGUUCAGUGGGGGGACAAGUCAUCCACUUUCCGAACUCGGACUGCCAUUGAGAAGGCUGAGUCCAGCAACAAUGUCCGCCUGAGCAUCAGCCGGGCCAGUGACACAGAGGCAGGCAAGUACCAGUGCGUGGCAGAGCUGUGGCGAAGGAAUUACAACAAUACGUGGACAAGGCUGGCGGAGAGGACGUCCAAUCUGCUGGAGAUUCGGGUGCUGCAGCCAGUGACAAAGCUCCAGGUGAGCAAGUCGAAGAGAACCCUCACCUUGGUGGAAAACUGGCCAAUUCAGCUGAACUGCUCAGUCAAGUCCCAGACCAGCCCGAACUCGCACUUCGCCGUGCUGUGGUAUGUUCACAAACCCUCAGACGCGGACGGCAAGCUCAUCCUCAAAACCACGCACAGCUCGGCCUUCGAGUACGGGACCUACGCCGAGGAGGAAGGCCUGCGAGGCCGGCUGCAGUUCGAGAGGCAUGUGUCGGGGGGCCUGUUCAGCCUCACUGUGCAGCGAGCCGAGGUCAGCGACAGCGGUAGCUACUACUGCCACGUGGAGGAGUGGCUGCUGAGUCCCAACUAUGCCUGGUACAAGCUGGCCGAGGAGGUUUCAGGGCGCACAGAGGUCACUGUGAAGCAGCCAGACAGCCGCCUGAAGCUCAGCCAAGUCCAGGGGAGCCUGUCUGUUCUGGAGACCCGGCAGAUACAGCUGGAGUGUGUGGUCCUGAACCGCACCAGCGUGGCCUCCCAGCUCCUGGUGGAGUGGUUUGUAUGGAAGCCCAACCACCCAGAGCGAGAAGUGGUGGCCCACCUGAGCCGAGAUGCUACCUUCCACUAUGGCGAACAGGCUGCCAAAAAUAACCUGAAGGGGCGGCUGCACGCAGAGAGCCCGUCCUCCGGCGUGUACAGGCUCUUCAUCCAGAAUGUGGCGGUACAGGACAGCGGGACCUACAGCUGCCGAGUAGAGGAGUGGCUGCCCAGCCCCAGUGGUGUGUGGUAUAAAAGGGCUGAGGACACAGCCGGACAGACAGCCGUCACAGUCAUGAGACCUGAUGCUGCCCUCCAGGUGGACACAGUGGUCCCCAAUGCCACCGUAACUGAGAAGGCAGCUUUCCAACUGGACUGCAGCAUCCUGUCUCGAUCGAGCCAGGACUCCCGCUUUGCUGUGGCCUGGUAUUCCCUAAGGAGUAAAGGUGGAGGGAAAAGAGGCAGCCUUGGCAUUGAUGAGCAGGAGGAGGAGGAGGAGGAGGAGGAGGAGGAGAUAUCGCAAGAAGAGGACUCUGAAGAUCCCACAGAGAGGACAGUCCUGCUGAGCGUGGGACCUGAUGCUGUCUUUGGUCCCGAAGGCAGUCCUUGGGAGGGCAGGCUGCGGUUCCAGAGGCUCUCGCCCCUGCUGUACCGGCUCACUGUGCUCGAGGCGAGCCCCCAAGACACAGGCAACUACUCGUGCCAUGUGGAGGAGUGGCUACCCAGCCCUCAGAAGGAAUGGUACCGGCUGACAGAGGAGGAGUCUGCCCCCAUUGGCAUCCGGGUUCUGGACACAAGUUCAACCCUGCAGUCGCUCAUCUGCUCCAACGAUGCCCUCUUCUACUUUGUCUUCUUCUACCCUUUCCCCAUCUUUGGCAUCCUCAUCAUCACCAUUCUGCUGGUGCGUUUCAAAAGCCGGAACUCCAGCAAGAACUCAGAGGGGAAGAACGGGGUGCCCCUGUUGUGGAUCAAGGAGCCGCACCUGAACUACUCCCCGACUUGCCUGGAGCCUCCGGUGCUCAGCAUCCACCCGGGAGCCAUAGACUAAAGAGGCUGCCCACCCUCAGCAGACGUUGCCCAUGGCAGGGUCGGGUCAGGGGAGCCCUCUGGGCUUUUCCUCAUUGCUUCGUGCUCUGUGAUUGGACAGGCGACAGCACCUGAACUCUGCAGUUUCUCUGCAGGAACCAGUCAGACCUGGAACUUGUUGGAAGCUUCCGGUCGAGGUGAUGGUUGCCUCUGGGCGGCGGCCCUGGUUAGCUGAUCACACCCAGGUGUCAUGAUGCCAACGUCCUAGGUUCCUAGUUUUUGGUUUUGGUAACUUAGUGCGUAGCUCCAGGUGCCGCAUCUACUCGCCAGUCUAACUCACGUUCUCAGAUCGGUGCUACGGGGUUUCCUGUGCUGUGUAAUGUACUCUUUUAAGCCCCUUGGGUCCUCUCCGUUUGGAUCCCAUAAUGUUGUGGAAGAGUUUCUCUCACAACUGAUAAGCAAGAGGAAGACGCCUUCAUAGUAACAAGGAAUCUCUUCCAAGACGUUUUUGUUUUUGCACAUUUGAAAAUGCCACCCGUGGAUCAAAAUAUACCCAAACAUUUUUUUCUUUUUUUUUUUUUACUUUCUUAGCAAGACUUGAAAAAUAUGUGUAGUGUGGGCCCAAUUUGUAUCUUAUCUCUUCCCUCAGCCGGAGUUGUUGGAACCACUUUAUAGUCAAGAUGAAAGCAUUGAAUUUUGCUUCAAAAGACUGACUGCACAUGUGCAGAAGAAACCCUGCAGAACCCCAUUAGGAGUAGAUGGUGGCCAGCCAACCAGUCCGUCAGGGAGGCAAAAAGGCUCAGUCCCAUCAUUGCCAAAAAAAUAAAAAAUAAACGAGCCAACUUGGAGGAUGGGUCAAGGGCUCCAGGCGGCACCCAGUUUCUGAGGGUUGCCCUGAUCAAAGGCAAUGACUGGGGAUGAGGGGGGUGGGUGGUUGUUGGCUUGACUUUGGCUAGCUUGGUCUCUUGACUUACCCCUGGGCAGGUAGCUUUCUUCUGUAGGUGCUUUGCCAAAUUUUCAAGGGGACAUGUCUAGUGAAGCCUGAAGGGGCUGCCCUGAGUGGAGGGAACAUUAUGGCCAAAGUGGCCCCUGUGCACAGGCCCGGUGGAGUGUGCUGAGCUGCUACACUGAGCUUAGCAGAGUGGAGCGGUGGGAGAGCGGUGGGAGGGCGUCUUAGAGCCUGGUGUCGAGAGGUGGGAGGAGGGCUUCCCUCUGUCUUUCUUCCAGUGAGCCUUUCCUCGGAGACGGUGAGGGCAUCCUUAUCCAUGGCAGCGCUUCCCGAAUCUCAGUGCCAUGGGGAUAAUUGUCCUCGGAUAGGACCCGGCACAGCCCUUUGCCAUUCUUGUUGUCCCCCUGCUUUCAACAGACAACUCAGAACAGGAGCUGUCACUUUCCUUUGUUAGAGUGCAUGUGUGCGUGCGUGUGUGUGUGUGUGUGUGUGUGUGUGUGCGCGCGUGUGUGUGUGUGUGUGUGUUUGUGUUGUUUGGUUGUACUGGUGGCUUUUAAUUUUCAUCCCCCAAAUCCAAACUCCACUGCCUCCACUCAGUUAAGCCAGAUGCUUAGCUGCCCUGGAGCCUCAUCAAUUGUAAAUCCUCCCUUUUGUCACUCUGAGCAUCUUGUGAACCCUCUCUUCCCCAUCCUUCAGUGGCCACAUCUUCUCUGGGGAAUUUGCACUCUGAGUCCCAAGAGAGAGCCCCUUGGAAAAAGGUACCCAAGAUUGUGGAAGUAAAUUUAAAGAGUGAUUUCUGCAAAGCCUUGUCCUGAGAAUAAACAGACAACACAAAGGCUGCAGGACUUCCAGGUCAUUGGGCCAGGCUGUUAUGGAUCCUUCCAAGAGGUCUGCUAGGUGUGGGCCGUGUGCUGAGCAGAGGGCAGGAGGCAAGAUGUAGCCUGACAAUCUUUCCUCUUCUCUCCUGGCCCUCUUGUUCUCUGAGAAGUGUCCAGGCAGCGCCACCUUAAUCCUCCUGUGCCUGCCCUGCUGAUUCUCACUUUUGCUGCACGAACACAUCAGAGGGACCAAAUUGGCUCAGUCACGAAGAAAGAAUGUCUUUUGUUCUGUUCCUUCGAUUCAUGGGUGUGGGCUCUUGGUGGGUAGUUGCUGACUCCUGAGUUUUAGGCUGAGUCAAUGAGGGAAGAUUGACGCCAGAGGGCUGGCCUGGAUUAAGAUUUCAGAUCAGCUCUGUAGCAGCAGAAAACUCAAGUAAAUAUGCAAAGCAACCGCAGGACGUUUGCAAGGAGCAAAGAAAUCUAUGUCAGUAUUUUAACAACCGUUUUUUGCGUGUAUUUUCUGCAGGGCUGGGGUAUGCAAUCAAAGGUUAAACUCUGAGCUUUCUAUGAAAACAAACAAAGAAAAGAAAAAACAAAAAACAGGAAAAAAAAAAAAAAAAGAAAAAAAGAAAAAUCCAAAACCCUCAGGACCUCUCUGUGGCUGGGUCUAUGGACAUGUGUUGUCGGAUAGAUGGUGAUGGCGCCCUCAAGUGGCUAGAAGGCUUCACUGCAUAUUGUCUGUUGAGGCUUUGGUCCUCCGAGAUCAGAGUACUCAAGAGAGACUCCUGACAUCUGUCCUCUCCAGUGUCACAUUUAUGAGCAUCUCCACUGUGCUAGGCAUGUCCCAGGACACUAUAUGACCACACCCUCUCUCAUUGUGGUGUUUCUGUAGCCAGUUUUCAUAUUUGUUUCAAACAAUGGUGUCUCUGCGUUCAUGUUGAAGACAGAGAUGGGGUAAGAAGACUAUCCAUGCAUGAAGUAGAGAACUAUUGGUUUGUUUCUUUUUUUUUUUUUUAAAGGAGAAGCUAUUUGUAAGCCACUGCACAAAGACGUUUUAUAUACACUGCAGAGACCUGUAGUAAAUUAUGUUGACAAUAUGCUGUUUACAUUUUCUGGAGUCUGAUGGCCUCCUACCCCUCACUGAAGCAGCCACCUCCUGCUGUGGGACUGUGCUCGGUGGGUGGCCUGGAGUUUUGCUCUUGGCACUGAUGUACCAGAUUCGAGUUUUACAAGCUGUAGCUUUUCUAUGCAUGCCCUCACCCAACCUAAAUUAUGUUUUUUUGUAUAAAUGAUAAAAACACUUUC